GGGAGACUGUCCACUGGGGGGCGCUGUUUGCUGCUCGGGAAACCGCCUGGUAGCAAACACGCGUCUCGUCUGUCUCAAAGCGCAGCAAUGGCCGAUGACUCGGGACUGUCCGGCGCUCCGCUGGGGAUAGCAGUGGCUGUAAUAUCGAGCUUCAUUAACGGCUCGACGUUUGCGCUUCAGAAGAAAGGAAUACUGCGUUCUCGUGACAAAGACUGGGUCAUUCGUGGAUGUGUUGCAGGAUGUUCGUACCUCACAGACGUGGUGUGGUGCAGCGGCACGCUGAGCAUGAUCGUUGGCCAAAUUGGAAAUUUCCUGGCGUACAACCUGGCCCCUGCUGUGAUAGUUACGCCUCUAGGGGCCCUUGGAGUACUAUUUGGAGCCGUGCUGGCGUCUUGGAUCCUGGAGGAGCAUUUAAACAUCCUGGGGAAGCUCGGCUGUGUGAUCUGUUGCUGCGGCUCUGUCGUGCUGAUCAUCCACGCCCCCAAAGCGGCGGCGGCGUCCAGAGAGCUGCUUGAAGAGAGGCUGUCGGAUCCAGUGGUCCUGACUUACAUCCUGCUGGUGCUGGUCCUCCUGGUCGUCCUGAUCGCGUGGGUCGCUCCGGCUCACGGCGCGACCAACAUCAUGGUGUACGUGGCCAUAUGCUCCCUCCUGGGAAGCUUCACCGUUCCCAGCAGCAAAGGGCUCGGCCUGCUGGCCCCCGCCGUGUUCGGGAAAGGGCCGUCCGACGGCGGAGCCCUGGCCCUCUUCCUCGGCCUGCUGGCGGCGCUGGCCGUCAGCGUCCUGAUCCAGUUCGUCUUCAUCAACAAAGCCCUGGAGUGCUUCAGCUCCAACAUAUUCGAGGCCGUCUACUACGUGACGUUCACGUCCACCGUGAUCCUGGCGUCGGCCCUCCUGUUCAGGGAGUGGACGGAACUCACGCUGACCGACAGCCUGGCCAUGCUCUGCGGUCUGACCACGGUGUGUGUGGGCGUGAUCCUGCUUCGCAUCUCCCAGGAAGCCGCCAUCGUCUGGAAGGGGAAGGAGGCGCGGCCGAAAACGGACUGAUUGUGCCCCGCUGCCUUUUUCCAGCAGACAGACUCCGCUGAUCCGCACCGUUUCCCCUUUAAGCGACCAAAGCUGCGGCAGUCAGCCACAACCUUUGACCUCAUAAACGUGAGGCGGUAGAGAACGCUGAUUAGGCUGUCACCGUUUUAUCUGACAGUGGGUGGGAUUUGUCAGGCGACAAAAUGACUUUCUGUAUCCUUCAGGCACAGAAAGGUCAUAAACAUUUUACAAGAGUAAGGGUUCAGAGGACUUGGCGAGGCCGUAAAGCUCAAUUACAGUAACUCUACAUGGUGCCUUACAGAAGCAGUGAUAUCAGGUUUUAACUUCCUAACAUUUCCACAUCAUUUCCACUGAUUGAAAGUUGUGCCUGGUGAUAAAGCGGAAGGAAGGUAUCAUAUGUUCAAAUGCAACAUGUAUUCUGCCCUCUCUGUGCAGCAAUCCCCUCAACAUGAUGCUGCCGCUGCCGUGUUUUAAUUAACAUGGCGCUGGCGUUCGUCUGUUUGUGUCAUCUGAUCAGUCCACCUUCGCCCUGCUUUUAGCCUUCCUUCCAUAAAGGGCAGCUUUAUUUAUUUAUCGGCUUUUAUAGUUUUUCCAUUUUCAGAUGACUGCUCGAACAGAGCUCCAUGAGACGCUCAAAGCUGUUUUAAAGCCUAACGCUGCCUCAGGCUUCUUCACAGCUUCCUCCUUGACCUGCCUGCUGCGUUCCUUGGUCUUCUUGGCGCUGCUUGUUCACUGAUGUUCUCUAACCAACCUCAGAGGCCUGAAACCGAGCGGCUGGAUUCACGCUGACAGUCGGCUCCUAAAGCAACUGGCUGCUCUGGAUUUCAUGUAGGUGGAUCAGGGUAAACGGGGCGAUGCACACAGAAGCACCCUUGAGAUUUUCAAGGUUCCCUCCACUUCACUUCACAUUCUACACUUCUUUUAUAUCGCUCUAUCAGAGAAGGUCCCGAUAAAAUCCAUUGCUGUCUGUGGUUGUAACGUGAAAACAUGUAAAAAAAAAAAAAAAAAAGUCCAGUCGGUAUGAACUCUUGAUGUUCAGUCUCAAUAAUCAGGCAGGUAGUCAUAAUGUUAUGGCUGAUCAGUAUUUUACUAGUUUCAUAAAUACUGACAUUCCUUUUCAUUGCUAAAUACCAGAAUUAGCACAACAAUUAUUUGUAUAUUAACUCUUAGUUUAAAUGCGAUUUACGGCAUUGUUAUCACUGUUAUUCUAACUUUACCUGUCCAAGAUGGCCGUUAUGCUGCCAGCAUGUGACUUUGAGUGGUGGUAGUAAAGCAGGUUGUAAACCAAUAGUUCUGCUUCGGUUCCUCUGCAGGCUACUUAAAGGGACAGUACAUGUCCUCCCGUUGAGUCGCCUGCUCUUGGACCCUUCUGAAUAUUUCAGCUGGCUGCUGAGAGCUGCUGCUGCAUAAAAGAUGAGCAGAAACUGCCUCUUCAGUCAAAUGGAGCGCUUUGUAAAGCCGAUGAUUUGCUCCCUAAACAUCAGCUGUUUGUUAACCUGAUAAGUGUUGGCGCAGGUCAUAAAUGCUUAGUUAUUCUUGACGCCUUUAAUUUAUUUCAAUGUCAAGUACGCCUUUUCUUGUUCCUCUUUGUUAAUUUUAAAUGUAUUGAAAUAAUUGGAAAGCUUCCCACCUGUAAGGUAUUUGUGGAUUUUCUUCUGCGUGUCUGUUAAAAUUUGAUGAGCUUGAAAGUCAUAUUAUUUUUCAGGUUAAAUGGGAAUUUUUAAAGAUUCAUUUGAACCGUUCUUAUUCCAGGGUGGUCUGUUAGUGACACGGUGAUACAGUGGUUAGAGCUCUUGCCCCACAGCAAGAAGGUCCCGGGUUUGAGUCCUGGGGCCAGAGGCCUUUCUGUGUGGAGUUUGCAUGUUCUCCCCGUGUCUGCUUCAGUCCCCCCCCCCCCCACUACUAAAGACAUGCUGGUCAGGUCAGCCAUCAGGGGCGGUGCGCGCUCAGUCGCAGCAGCUCAGGCUAACCCUCCAUCUGAUCUACGACAUUCAGUUGUAUGUGCCUUGUAUGUAUAAUGACAAAUAAAGCAUCUUAUCUUUAUGACUUUUUGUACACAAGAAUUUGGUUAAUGGUAAUAAAUGUAAUUCUGAAUCCUU